AUGUCGGUCGUCCAGCCCCGACAGCAAGAGCUCCUCCACCUCACCAGCACACCCGACAUCACCCCCUACACCAGACAUGGCUAUCUCUUCGGCCAAAAACUCGCGGCCUCCAUGUCCCCUCUCCUCCACUCCAUCGUUUACUCCCACCUCUCUCUCAACUGGGCCCAACUUCGUCUCGACUCCCCCUCUAUACCACUCUUCCUCCAGCUGACCCAGCACCCAGACUUCUACGGCGCCUCAGUGACCAUGCCUCACAAAGUGGCCAUCAUCCCUCACCUUGACCACCUGACUCCCGAAUGUCGCGAUGUCGGCGCCUGCAAUACCCUAUUUCUCAAAACCGACCCAGCCACCGGCCGUCGCCUGUACUGCGGCGCCAACACCGACGUGAUUGGCGUGCGCGAGAGCUUCGUUCAAAAUGUAUCUGACCCCGCCCGGGUGUACGAGAGCCGGCCGGCACUGGUAAUUGGCGGCGGCGGCGCGGCGCGAUCGGCCGUGUACGCGCUGCACAAGUGGCUCGGCGCAACGGACAUCUACCUCGUGAACCGGGACAAGAGCGAGGUGGACGCGGUGAUUGCCGAGUGCACGGAGCGCGGGUACGGCGAUCGCCUGGUGCAUGUGGCGAGCGUGGAGCAGGCUGAAGGCCUGGAGGGGCCGGGGGCGAUAGUCGCUUGCAUUCCGGAUUUCCCGCCUAAGACGGAGAAGGAGAUGUUGGUGAGGAGGAUCGUCGAGACGUUCUUGAUGAAGGAGGAGAAGGGUGCUAUGCUGGAGAUGUGCUAUAACCCUAGCCCGUUUACCGAGUUGGGAGCGUUGGCGGAGCACGAGGGGUGGCAGGUUAUCUUGGGCACGGAGGCUUUGAUUUGGCAGGGGAUUGAGCAGGACAAGUAUUGGACCGGUCGUACAAAUGAGGAACUUCCCAUUCAACAGAUCAAGGAAGUCAUUGCUGCAAAAUUGGCGGAAGCUUCCAAAUCGCACACCAGUUGA